UUUUCUUUCGUAUUUCGCCUUCGCCAGUUUUAAACGUCUUGUUAGCCUCUCAAUCUUAUAAUUCCUAUUUCUAUGCUCUCAUUGCUCUCGAGCUUGGUACGCCGUCAAGACGAAGAUGACCCGUCCAAUGCGCUACCACCGCCCGAUGACUAUGUCCCAGCACAUCAUGCUAGUCCUGUCGUCGCGUUCAUCAUCGGUCUUGCCAUAGUCACGCUUGCGUCCGUUCUGAAUGCUGCCGGGCUGAACUUGACAAAGUUGGACCACGUUCGGACGAGUGCAAUCCCGAAGAGCUCGAGAAGGAAGGAUUGGUUGAGGCCGCUUUGGUUGCUUGGGAUGUUGCUUUAUAUUUUGUCGCAACUUAUAGGAUCGACUUUAGCGCUGCAAUAUAUGAGAGCAGAAUACGUCGCCCCCCUUGGUUCAACAUCCCUCAUCUUCAACUUCAUGUUCGCCCGUUUCCUCAUUGGCACCCCCGUCCACAUGAACGACAUCUACGGCACAAUAGUCAUCAUCCUCGGCGUAAUAGGCAUCGUUGCCUUCGGUUCCAUCAACUCCGGCCUCUCCAACGAAACCGACGCCACGCACCUCACGCACCUCUGGGCCCGCGGCCCCUGGAUCGGUUUCUUCAUCUUCAUGACUCUCGCCCUCCUCCUCCUCUUCGUCUUCACGGCUCAGCUCGACCUCGUAUUGGCUUCGCGGUCGGACCUUUCCUCUGUUCCGUUCGCGGCGAUGUCGGCGAGGAUGGCGAGCGCGCAGGGACAGAGGCAGGAGGGCGGGCUUGUGAAGAGGGUGAAGCAGAGAUGGGCGUGGGGCUUGGUGUGGAUUGCGGAGAGGUUGGAGAUGUGGACGGCGGGGAAGGAUGAUAAGGUCGUUGCGUGGACUUUGGGUAUCGGCUGGGCUUGUUGCGGAGGCGGUAUGGCGGGAGAGUGUCUCGUGUUUGCGAAGGCUGCUGUGAAACUCAUCUCUGGGUCGCUUUCGCAUGAGAAUCCCGGAAAUCAAGUCGGUCAUGCGGCCCCCAUCUUCACGUUCAUAUUCCUCGCCAGCACCGCCGUCCUCCAGAUCGUAUGUCUCAACCGUGGACUCAAAGCAUACGACUCUACGCUUGUCGUUCCCGUCUUUUACGGCGUAUACACCGCCACGGGAUGGCUCGAUUCCCUCAUCUUCAACGCCUCAGUAGACGCCUACGCCUCCUGGACGCUUUUCCUCAUCUUUGUCUCCAUCCUCAUCCUCAUCUCCGGCGUCGUCCUCCUCACACACAAAAAACCGGACGUUCCUACUCAUCCUCCCAACGCCGACGAUAUCACCCUGUCCUCUGUACCGAGACCAAAUGGAAAAGGAAAGGGGAGGAGAAGGAAGGUGAAGAAAGGAGAUGCAGAGGAGGGGGCGGACGAUGAGAGGGAGGGUUUGAGAGCUGGGGAGGACGGUGGUGUAGAGGGGAGGGAUGGGGAGGUGAUGUGGGAUGUCGGGGAGGCGAGCGACGAUGAUGAGGACGACGAGACAGAAGGCCACGACGAAGAUGAUCCUGCGGGUGACCGUACCCCUCGCGCCGCUCGAUCAAGUUCACCGUCCACAGCCAAACCGGUCUCAAACCUGGGCACAGGAGGGAACGAAACAGAAGAAGGCAUGCAUCUCAUGCGGAAAUCGCACGAUGAGGAACAUGAGGAGGAGGUGGCGGCGAGUACGUCGACGCAUACGCUGGGGCCAAUGCCGCAGCAGACGAGAAGGAGGUCGACGUCUUCGGUCUCGUUGAUUGAUGCGGACGAGGACGAGAUGGAGGCGGAGUUCGGGGAGUUCAAGAGUUCUAAAGCGAGGGCGGGGACGGUGGCGGGGCAGUCCAGUUCACGGUAGACCAGUUGCGAGCUACUGGUGACCAGUCGUGGUGAGGCGUGAGUUUGAGCGUGGGCUCUAGAUUGCAUUGCGUUGGUCUCGUUGGAUAUUUUGCUAUUUGCUAUAUACUUUUACACUUACUUAUGCUGUCUAUUUCUUUUUGCACGAUGCGGCGCUCAGGCUGGCUGGGAUUGAAGAUGGAUGCAUUUACAUACAGUCGAUCAUGGUCAUACAUACAUACGACUCACAAGAAACAUACAUGGACGUAGUGUACUAUUGCGGCGUGCUGAGCUGGCGCCAUUCUAAUGCUUGCUGAAU